GCUGCCUGUGCCACGGACGCCGCUCGCAAAGUGAUUGGCUACGUCAGAAGGUGGCCCAACAGUGGGCAGAUUCUUACUCGUGUGUUGAUCAUGACACGACAGAAGGUUCUGUCAUUGAUGUCUUAUUGAUCAACCUUUUUUUUCAAUUCUUUUUUCUUUAUUUUGUAUGUCAAAAAAUUCUCUUUCAUCAUCUCUUUCUCUUCAACUAUACCUUUUCACCAUUGACAUUGAAUGUCAUAUUCAAUUACAAGUUAGUACAGCUUUGUUACUGUACUGUUAUUAUCUGGAACUCACUUUUCGCGUCACCCUCUCCGACUAAUAUCCGGGAGGCUGGGGGUAGUUCGAGAGUGUAUUGUGUACAGAAUCCACCGCACCACCACGUGACUAUUGCCUCACUAGCGCGCAGGCGUAACUUCUUUUCAAGCGACAUUUUGAUUUCCAGAAUUCCUUCUUCCCAAGCAGCAACAAAAAGUUAUCACCUCCAUCAGAUUAUUUAUCCGCGAUUAUCUUAAUCAUCUCGCGCAUUCCUUACGCGUCAAUAACUAUCCUACCAAUACGCCUUACAUAUAUCAUUGAACUUUUUUGAAGCUGUGUCGCGACGAUGGCGGAUGAGGCAAGCACGCGAGAUGAGGUGGUGCCCCCUCAGUCCCCAGGCACUUCAGCUCCAGAUGCUGUUGUAGAGCCCCAAGCCGAUGUGUCGGAAGGCGCCAACGGUAGCAAUGGUGUUGAGGACGAAGCUGUUUCCGACGAUCCAGUCGCGACUUCCGGUACGAGCGCGACGGAAGAAGUUAAAAGUAGCAACGCCGAAGCCAAACCCGAGAAAAUGGACGAACAAACAAUUCCCGAUCGCUCAGUGCAGGAGGCGCCAUCCGCGUCUACCCCCGCAGAUGGCGACGAUGCAGAAUUGAAGGGCGAAGAACAGUCAGAGGAUGGAGCUCAAGCAGCGGAUGAGUCUGCAGAGUUAGCAGAUGGUGCCGCUAGCACACCAGCUUCAGCCAGCAAGUCAAAGGGCCGACGUAAGUCUGGCGUGCCAGAACACAAGAAAAAGUUGAACAAAAAGCAAUCCAAGGCGAAAUUGACGCAUACGGAUGCGAAACCCGGCGAUUACUUCUAUGUGCGAUUGAAGGGAUAUCCUUUGUGGCCUGCAAUUGUCUGCGACGAGGAUAUGCUUCCCAGCACCCUCAUCAAAUCUCGCCCAGUCACAGCAAUGAGAGCAGAUGGUACAUACAGAAGUGAUUACGAAGAUGGUGGUUCUAAGGCUAAAGACAGAACUUUCCCUGUCAUGUAUCUUUUUACGAAUGAAUUUGGCUGGAUACCAAAUUACGAUCUCCUUGAUCUCGACCUAGAUACAGUCGGGGACGUUCCCAAUAACAUGCGCAAAGAUUUGUAUGCUGCGCAUCAACUCGCUGCCGAAAAAAACGAUUUGGAUUAUUUCAAAACUGUCUUAACAGAGUUCAUGGAGCAGAAGAGAGCGGACGAGGAAGCCAAAGAGGCUGCAAAGGCAGCCAAGAAGGCAAAGAAAGAGAAGAAAGAAAAGACGCCAAAGAAAGCUGCUCCUAAAUUGGAUGAUAAUGAAGACACAGAGAUGAUGGACGUCAGUGCUAUCCCUGAUGACGAGGAGGUCGAAGUACCAAAAUCAACUCAGAAGAAGCGCAAAAACCCUUCACAGGUUCCCGAAGAUGAUACACAGCAGCCUGAUACCGCCCCAAAGAAGCCUCGUAUCAAGUUAAACAAUACUCCAAAGGCUGCGAAUGGUACAUCUACUCCAAAGCCUGCCAAAGAAGCAAAGGAACCCAAGUCCGCAAAGGACAAGAGCAAGCCAAAGAAGGCUGCUGCGAAAACCAAAGACACCGCCCCUGUCGCUCCUCCCGAGCCAGAACUCACCCCAGAAGAGAAGAGGGUCAAGAAAGAGAAAGAGAUCCUGUUUUUGAGGCACAAACUUCAAAAAGGUCUUCUGACUAAAGACCAAGAGCCCAAGGCAGAUGAGAUGCAACAAAUGUCCGAGUAUGUGAACAAACUCGAAGGUUAUGCCGAUCUCGAGGUUAGCAUCAUCAGAGCAACCAAAAUAAACAAAGUUCUCAAGGCCAUUUUGAAGCUACCUGUCAUUCCCAAAGAAGACGAAUUUCAGUUCAAAUCAAGGUCUCAGAGCUUACUUGAUAAAUGGAACAGACUUCUCGCUAGCGAACAGGUUGCACCAGCUACCACUGAGGCCCCUGCCAACGGCACCAGGGACGAUAGUAAGGAGAAAGAUGAGCCAAAAUCAGACAGCGUGGCAGCAAAUGGCAUCGCCCAAACCGAUGAGUCAAAGGCAGAAGAGAAAUCACCUGCCCUAGACACGCCACUUACCGCACUACCCAAAGAAGAGGUUGCCAACAAUGACGACCCCGCCCCUGUCGCAGAAGAAUCUUCAAAGGAAGCGGAAGCACCAGCUGUUGAAUCAGAAGCAUGAUUAUUUUCUUUCUGAGGAAAGCGAAAAAUACACCAGCUUAGGCCAAACAAUUUGCGGCCAGCGUGUGCGAUCAACAUCAAGAUCGGUUAAUGAGCAGAAUUGGUCCCCUUCAUGUCUCCAGUCGUCGUCUUUUCAGGCAUCGUCGUCCCGACUUGAGGUUGAUAGUUUUGCAUUUGCUUUGCGGGUUCCCAUUGUAACACUAAGAGCUAUCGGAUUGUUAUUUCUUUUAACCCCUGGCUUUUCAGAAUGCCACAAAUCACCCUUGUACAAAUUUCCUUUUCUGAAAAGCACGUUAUGGCGGAUGCGUGGGGAGUUGACUGCGGAUUUUCAAGUUGGCCCGGAUGAACGCUCACUUUUCUUCUUUGACAUUAAGGUUUUCUUCAAUUUACGUUAGGAAAUUGGCCCAAAAUCACAAAUAAGAUAUGAAAACAAUAAUGGCAAUUCUCAAAUUA